AUGGCCAUGGAAAAUGACGAAUUGAAGAAUUUGUUCACUUCUGCUCUUAGAAGAAGAAUUGGUAAGGGUAUCUCCAAGAAGUACAAGACUUUGAUCGAAAAGGCUCAAAAGAAGAGAGACACUGCUCCAUACGGUGAAAAGCCAGACGCUGUCAAGACUCACUUGAGAGAUAUGAUCAUCUUGCCAAGCAUGAUUGGUUGUGUUAUUGGUGUUUACCAAGGAAAGGACUACGUCUCCGUUGAAAUCAAGCCAGAAAUGGUUGGUAUGAAGUUGUCUGAUUUCUCCCUCACUUACAGACCAGUUAAGCACGGUAAGCCAGGUAUCGGUGCUACUUCUUCAUCUAAGUUCGUCCCAUUGAAGUAA